CUACAAAGCGCCCGCCCGGCGGGGCCGGCGGCAGAGCGGCGCGGGGAGGCACCGGGGACAGCACCGGCACCGGGCACCGAGCACUGGGGGGCUGCGCUUUUCCCCGGGGACAGGGGAAACUUCCCUGCUCCGUCCCGCCUCGGGCUCCCUGGUGCCUCUCCGCUUCUUCCUCCUCUUCCUCCUCCGGCCGCAUCCCGCGGGGAGCAGCGGGCGAUGGGGCUGGGGCCGCCGUCCUCAGGGAGUCGUGCCCGCAGCUGGCAGCUUGCCGCGUGAAACUUUGCGGCGGGGGCGGCGCCCCGGCACCUCGCAGCGGAGCGGGCAAAGUUCUUUUUUUUAUUUUUUCUUUAUUUUUUUCCUUCCCCCCCCCCCCUUUUUUUGCAGCCCGGGAGCCGCCACCCACCCACGUCCCCCCCCCCCCCCUUCCCUCCCGGGGUGGCCGCGGCCACGCUGCUAUGGCACCCGCCCGUCGCCGCGGGGCGGGCAGGGGGCGGCCGCCUCCGGCUGGCCCUGCGGUGGCGGCGGCGGGGGGGCGCGCAGCCCCCGGGCGCCGGGCGUCUUCCCCCGGCCGGCAGUGACCGCCCCGGCCCCGCCGCCUGCCGGCCCCCGCCUGAGUCUCGCCGAGGAUGGCGGCGGCGCCGGGGCCGGGCUCGGGGAGCUCGGGGAGCCCGGUCACACCCUGAGCCAGCCGCCGCCUCCCCGGAGCAGCCCCGCAGCGCUCCCCGUCGUGAGACCCCUCUCCUCCCCGCAGAAACAUUUUUGCCCAAUACAACCUCGCCGGAAUUGGACCAGAAUUCAUUUUUAUGGAAGCUCUGUAAUCAGAUUAUAAAACGUGGGCUGUCCGAAUUUAAUCCUGUAAAGCAUGGACUAAGCAAGCCCUGCUCUGACAAAGCACUGAAAUGUAUGCUGACCCUCUAGCAAGACACGAUAUAGAACUAUGAUAGCAACCGGCGGAGUCAUAACAGGACUGGCUGCCUUGAAAAGGCAAGACUCUGCCAGAUCUCAGCAACAUGUAAAUCUUGCCACAGCACCAGCUUCUGAGGAGAAGAAGCCAGUUAGACGCCGGCCCAGGGCAGAUGUAGUCGUUGUCAGGGGCAAAAUCCGUCUCUAUUCUCCAUCGGGGUUCUUCCUUGUUUUGGGAGUACUUAUCGCAUUCUUGGGAAUUGCAAUGGCCAUCCUUGGAUACUGGCCCCAAAAGGAACAGCUUUUAGGAUCUGAAGAUAAACUAUCAGUAAAUGAAACCGAGGUCCUAAGAAACCAAGGAAGCAUUUUACUUCGUUUCUUUGAACAGCAUAUGCACUCAGAUAAGAUGAAAAUGUUGGGCCCUUUUACUAUGGGCAUUGGAAUUUUCAUUUUUAUUUGCGCAAAUGCCAUUCUACAUGAAAACCGUGACAAAGAAACAAAAAUCAUACACAUGAGAGACAUAUACUCUACUGUAAUAGACAUCCACACCCUGAGGAUCAAGGAACAAAAGCAGCUGAGUGGUGCCUUUGCUGGCUUUUUGGGGGAAGGAGAACUUGGGCACAGUGGGAACUCAUGUGCAUCACGGCUGGCUGCAAACACGGUUGCACCUUUCUCUGGCUUCAAGAGUAAUUUUAGAAUGGACAGUUCUGCUGAAGAAGAGGAGAUUCCCCUAAAUGAAGAUAGGACCACUGCUAGCCUCCUACCACCUCUGCUGACUGACCAAUCUGGUUCAGUAUUUGGACUUUACCCUCAUUCCAGCAAGGCUUCAGAUGACAGAAACACUAGUUCUAUAAAGUGUGAAACAAAGUCCAUUGUAUCAUCUUCUAUUAGUGCUUUCACGCUGCCGGUAAUUAAACUAAAUAACUGUGUUAUUGAUGAGCCCAGUAUAGACAACAUAACCGAGGAUUCAGAGGUCACAAAGAAUUGGUCCAGAAAUCUUUCGAUGGACUCUCUGGCCAUUCCAUUAACUGACACCAAGGAAUCCUGCAAACCAGCUGCAGCCAUGCUACCACGGCAUAAUUCAUUUGUGGACACUCCACAUGAUCAGUUCAAAUCUUCCAUGACCCUCGGACCAAGCACAGGAAAGCUUUUAUCCCCUGGUGCUGCCAGGAAACAGUUUGGGUCCAACACAUCUUUGCAUCUUCUGACUUCACAUUCAAAGUCCCUGGAUUUGGACAGGGGUCCAUCUACACUCACUGUCCAAGCUGAACAAAGGAAACAUCCCAGCUGGCCCAGACUGGAUCGGAGCAACAGUAAAGGAUAUAUGAAACUAGAAAACAAAGAGGACCCAAUGGACAGGUUACUUGUGCCACAAACAGCGGCCAAAAAAGACUUUACUAAUAAAGAAAAGCUUCUUAUGAUAUCAAGAUCUCAUAAUAAUUUGAGUUUUGAACAUGAUGAGUUUUUGAGUAACAACCUAAAGCGGGGAACUUCAGAAACAAGGUUUUAAUAUUUAAAUUGCAAUUUAAAAUAUAUCAUACAGUAUUUUUUAGAAAAAACAUUUUGACAAGUGUUUCCUUCUCAGUGAAACUAGAACAAGCCUGUUUUUAUCCAGAUGCUUAAUAGCAUGUUAAAAUUGGCUUGUGUAAACAGAGAUCUUUGUAAGUCCAAGAGUUUUUUUUUUUUUUUUUGGUCACAGUAACAUACAGCUGCAAUACUGUACAUUAUCAUUGCUCAGAGAGUUUUGGUAUGACUUAUUGCAACUUUUUCAAGUCAUUAUUCCUUCUGUUCUAUACAAGCAUGUUACUUUCUAUCAAUUUGACUCCGGAAACCUGCAUUAGAAUUAAACGCUCAAUUUACCUGUAAGUUCUACUUCUUUAAUGACUGGUGGAGUCUAAAAAUUGUGUUUGCAGUCCAGAAUGGGAAGUGAGGAGGAAUACAUACUGGAAUUGUCAAAUUCAGGCCUUUAUCCUUGCUGUUGUCUUUCACAUAUAAUACAUCUCAGUAACUACAAUCUUGCCAUUGUCAUUGUGAGAAUCUUGUUUACAUAUGGGGGUGGGUGAUAGAAAAGAGUGGGUAUCAAAACAUUUUUUGUGAAUUCAUUGUAAUUGGUCGAGUUGAAUACCAGUGUUGUGAAUUAUUAACUAUGCUUUGUACAAUAAUAUUUCUACAUUCAUUAUGAUUUAAUCCUAAAAUUCCAGGAAAGCGGAUAUAAAGUAAGAAAUCUGAAAAUUCUUCUGGGGUUAUUUCUGUAAAGCAAUUUGAUUGGCAGCAGUUCUAAAAUCAAAGUAUACUGAUUAAAAUCAUAGGGACAUAAUGAAUGCUAACAGGAUUUUAGAAACAUGGUAUAUAGUACAAUGAUAUUGUGACAUGAAUCUGAAGAGAAUAAUGGAAAAUGAAUAUAUUGCCUCUCAUUACAAUAGCAAGAAGCUAAAUAACUAGGUCUCUAUGGUCAAGAUACUGAUACAAAGCAUAUUAUUUAAUAUGUAUACUAACAUAUUACAAAAGCCCCUUGCAUAAAUUUUGAUUUAUAUAUUGCACAUAAUAAUUGUGAUGGUGGUUUACUGGAGGCUUAGCUGGGGUAAUGUGCAUUAGAAAAUUUUACAAAAGGAAGUGACAUUUAAAACAAUAUUUUUCUCAGCAAAGUUCUUCAGUUGACAAUUGUAGGCUAUUGUUAAAGUGAUAGAAUUUGAUUGUGCAUACCAGAAAGUUUUCAUGUAUUUCACUGAGGUAUUUAGGCCGUGAUCCUGCCAUGACAGCCAUGCUAGAGAAUGUCACUUCUAUUUGCAAGGCUCACCUAACAGGAUGUUGGUCGUAUGUGGUCAUUUUGGAUAUAUUCACUUAAAUACUCAGGAAUUGUUUUUAAUGGCUUUUCCCAAAAAGAAUCAAACCUGUUAAACUGUUGUUGGACUUCAGUUGGUUAUGAAAGAUCAAAGAUAAAAUACACACUCUCUCUCUCUCCUUUUUUAUUUUUAAAUAUUCAGCUUCAGAUUUCAACUGCUCAAUGUUUAUGUAUCAGGAGCAUUACUUGCUCAGUGAAUUGAGGCAUAGUGUUAACUGUUAGAACCUCAAGCCUAUAUAUUGUAACAGAGUUGGCUAAAUAUUUUGCUAUGAAGCUUUUAAUAACUUUCUGGUUUGUGUUCUUAAGACAUUUGCUAUUUUUUGAAACAAAAAUAAAAUGUAUCUCUACAUAUAUCUGCUGUAAGACAUGUUUUUCCUCUAUAAUCUCAAAUCUUCCAUAUCAAAAUAUAAUUAAGUAUCAUAAUAUUGUACAUAACAUUAUGCUUAAUAUAUUAGCCUGCCACUAGAUAUUUGGCUAUGACUAAUUAAUUUCAAUGACAUCCCUGCACAUGUAAAGGUUGAAUUUACUGUGCUUUUAAUAUUUUUUUAAUGUAAUGUGAAAUAUAUUCAAAAUGCUUUUGAUAUAAGGAAAUUUUGUAUAAAAAGAACACCUUGUUCUUUUUAGUUUGGCAGUAAGUAUGUUUCAAAAAAUGGAAACCAUUACUAAAAA